AUGGAAUCCUGCGUAAAACACCGUUGUGCGAACGAAAAUGGCGCCUUCUGCGUUAUAAUUAAGUUUAAGUUGAAUAUUAGUUAUAUUACACGAGUUUGGUUCAACAGAGAUGCGACAGUUGAAGUUACCAUUACACGUAGUUUGUUAGUUUCGGCUCCCAGUGAUAAGCUGUCGCGCUGCUCGGCUGCACAGGGAGGUAUUGAUCGUCUGAAGGCGUUGGAUUCCAUGGAAUCUGACAGCAACAGCAGUUUAAAAUCGCAAUUUGAGGAUGGAGUGACCAGUAUAUCUGCCUGCAGUACCGAAGAUACAUUUAAAGUUGGCCGCAAAACACGAAGGUUGGCUGUACUGCCUUUUCUCUUCUGUUGGUUCUGUUUAGGUGUGUCGGUGUCUUCCGUCAACUGUUUGGGCGCCCACAAUGGUGUUCACACCUUACCUCGAAAAUUUUUCAAUACAAACUCGUUGAAGCAGCUGAGCGGAAAUCUUCUGUGCAGUUCUCCUACGGCAACUGCCAGUGCUGGGUAUGCAGACAGCUCUGGGAUUAUGCAAGGACCACUACCGCGGCUGCCGCGCCAAGGGGCGUUGGCGACGCUGCUGGGAUUUGGUGGCGGCCUAUACGAUAGAGCAACAUCUUUGGCGCGCGGAACGGGCCUAAAAGGCAGAACUGCAUUGCGUGCUAUCAGCAGUCACGGGGCUCCCGCUUUCAUAUGCGGCAGCUCUAGAGGUUGUUCGUCAGAUCCAACUAUAAAAGCAGCUGUAUCUAUCGCAAAUGUUGUCUCCGGUGACAUUUCACGCACCGGAAAAUUAUCGCAACUCAAUGAAGUCGAGACAGCAUCUGCCCGCGGAGAUGGGCAGUGGUCGAGUUUGUUUGCUUACGGCACAGACUACGGCUACCCGCGGAGUGACUACGAUAACAGCGCGUACAAUUCGCGUGGGGUGCAGGUUAUGCCCGAGCCAAGCGAAUACACGACCUUCGUGUCACACCACUAUCGCAUUUUAACGGGUGACAUCGUGGAGUACCUGCGACGGAAGCGUAUGGAGUACGUGGAGAGCCCGGUAAAGCUAACGCUUAAAUUCUGCCCGUUUUGCCCUCCUCACAAAUACAAGAGCGACAACUUGUACAAGCACGAGAUCUUCAAGAACUCCGGCAACUCAUACUGCCAUCGUUGCGGCUACAGGGGCAGCCUAUACGACUUCAAGGCGGCCAUGGGCGACCUUCCCGGUGGCAUGAUAGAGGAGGCUAUGAACCCAUCGUUCAGUGGCAACCCAUUCAGCCUACCCAUGACCCCUGAGCCGGCAGUGACUUUAACCAACAUCACCCAGUACGAGCACAACCUCUUCCACGGCGAGAGGUACAAACCGGUGCUGGACUACCUGACGGAGACUCGCGGCAUUUCCAUUGAGACACUAAAGCGGUAUCGCGUGGGUGCAGGUGAGUUCAGUUUUACCCUUGGGGUUGGCAAGGGUGAAAGUGAGCUUUGUGUCGUGUUCCCUUGGCUGAUGGGCAAGGCCAACAGCGGCAAUUCCGAGCUCGUUGUCAAUCGCAUAAAAGUGCGUUCCAUUCAAGACAAGUCGCGUAUGAAACUUGUGCCUCGUGGAGGCGGUUGGGGCAUGUUUGGUGAGCACCUGCUGGCGUCCGAGUUGGCCAAGUCGGGUGAAGGCCCGUCCUCUGUGGUACUGACUGAGGGUGAAUUUGACGCAAUGGUUGUGAACCAAACCACCGGCCGGGUAGCCGUGUCGCUCCCCAACGGCUCGAACUCGCUGCCAGUAGCGCUGCUGCCUCGGUUGGAGAAGGUUGACCAGAUUUACCUCUGGAUGGACUUUGAUGCUGCCGGCCAGGGCAGCGUCGACCACUUCGCCAGCAAGCUGGGAAUCCAGCGCACUCGAGUGAUACGCGAUGUUUUCGAGGUGCCGAGGGAUAAUAGCUCCAGCCGCCCGCCAAAGGAUGCCAAUGAGAUAUUCCUGCGUGGCCUCAGCGUGCAGAGCUACGUGGACGCUGCAGCGCCGAUGUCCCAUUCCCAGAUUUUGAACUUCAAUGACAUUCGCCAGAAUGUAUUUGAGGAACUCUCUAACCCUUGUGCAACGUCCGGGAUAACUUCCAUAACGCUACCCGGGUUGUCCCAACUGCUGAAGGGCCACCGGCGCGGCGAGUUGUCCGUAUGGACUGGUGCAACAGGUUCUGGGAAGACUACCAUAUUGUCCCAGCUCUCUCUAGACUAUUGCAUGCAGGGCGUAAGCACGCUUUGGGGCUCUUUUGAGAUAAACAAUGUACGUUUGGCGAAGACGAUGUUGCGCCAGUUCAGCGGCCGCAACCUUGAGACCUCGCUGGAGGAUUUCAACUACUACGCCGACAAGUUUUCCGAGCUUCCUCUGCGCUUUAUGAAGUUCCACGGAUCAACUUCCAUCGACCAGGUCAUCGACGCAAUGGACUAUGCGGUUUAUGUGCAUGACGUACGCCACAUCAUCAUCGACAAUCUCCAGUUCAUGUUGAGUGGGCAGAACUCACGCGUUGGUGAGAUAUGGGAGAUCCAGAAUAAAGCGAUUGAAAAGUUCAGGCGCUUCGCGACCAACAAAAACGUGCAUGUUUCUUUGGUGGUGCACCCGCGUAAGGAGGCUGAUGGCACCGCCCUGGGCAUGUCGAGCGUCUUCGGAUCUGUAAAAUCCACUCAGGAGGCAGACAAUGUGUUGAUUCUGCAGAAUGUUGUGGGAGAGAAUCGAUGCAUCGAUGUAAAGAAGAACAGGUUUGCUGGUAACCUUGGCCGGGUAACAUUCCGCUUUGACCCUUUGAGCCUAACGGCUGAGGAGCUGAAGGUCACGGAGUUCGUGUUGGAGGCGUCAAAGACUACUCCCACUGAGGUUAAAACUUCUGCCAAGGCAUUCGACAAGCUGCGCCCUCCCGAGCCUCGCCGUUCCACUGCCAAGGUGGCAGUUACCAUCGACCGUUCCACCCAUCCUUUUGCCUACUCGAGCGCUGCUCCCGUAUUUGCCACUUCGCAGCUUGUUUCAAGCAAUGUAUCACCCUCAAGUUCGCGUCCGAUGACCACGUACCGUCUGAACAGUGUGAUGCACGAGGAACGUAACCAAACGGGCUUCGUUCACGAUUCUGACCUAGAGGAAAACCAGAAUCAAGGCUGCUUCGCAUUGGGAGAUCUUUUUGUGUCACCCAGUGACAGCCCCAAUCCCACAGAGUCGAGUUCGUCUUCCGUAGUCUCCGAAGGUUCAACCGUCUCUACCACCGGCUCUUCUGAAUCAACAGCGGAUAAUCCUCCCGUUAAUAGCAGCACAGCAGAGGUGCCGAAACGCGGAAGAAAGCCUAAAACGACCGAAACGACGGUUGCGGUAGACGAGGAAACUAUAACCAUGCGUGGCAAGUCUGUGACGCGUUCUUCCUCCAUUAAGGAAUAUCGGGAGUUCAUCAAGGCCAACGGUUUGGGCGAAAUGAUCAAGACCGCUGGAAAGGGCAUUGUGAAAACCGACAUCUACGACAAGAUCAAGCAACACGUUCCGCCGUCUAGCAUUUCGAACAGCGCUCAGCAAGCUGCCCCAAGUUCGGCCCCAGUAUCUAACACAAGCUCCCUGGAUUUCGGCGUGUCAACUGUGGAACCUUUGCUGACUCAGAAGGAAGUUGAUGUGGAUAUUUUUGACGAUAUCGACGAUUUCCGUUCACGCAUGCUGCGGCGCACAGGGCCUGGGGCUUUGCUAUCGAAAGCUGGUGUAAAACCAGUCGGCACUGUAAAGCUUCCAGUCCACACUUUAGUCGAGGACCAAGACGAGCUGCUAUCCAAAGGCAUAAUCUACGUGCGGGAUGUUGAGUUAUUGGAACGUUUGGCCCCACUGUUCGAAAACACGAAGUUGUGCGCGCUGGAUAUUGAGACCACAGGCCUGAGCCACCGCGGCGACAACAUCCGUCUGCUGCAGAUAUCUACCCCUGAUCAGCCUGCGGUGAUUAUCGACGUGUUCAAGGUAUCUUUGGAGGCUUUACGUGAGUGCAAAUGGCUGCGUUCGUUACUGAGCUCUUCCGCCGUAAAGGUUCUGCACAACGGGAAGUUCGACAUCAACUUUUUGUCCUUCAACGGCUUGCCUGUAAAGGGCGCCGUCUUCGAUACGAUGAUCGCGGCGAAGUUGCUUAGUGCGACGCGUUUCAACUGGAGUUGCAAGUUGGGUCAUGUUGCUGAGCGCUACCUAAACAUUGCGUUGGACAAGUCCCAGCAAUUUUCCGACUGGACACUGGAGCCACUUUUCGAGGAGCAGUUGAUAUAUGCAUCUCGCGAUGCGGCUGUUCUGCUCCCGCUGUACUUCGUGCUGCAGGAGAAGCUGAAAAGCGAGCGUUUGGACUCCAUCGCGUCGAUUGAGAACAAGUGCGUGUUGGCGGUCUGCCAAAUGGAGCAGAAUGGCAUAAGGGUAGACAGGCAAAGGCUGGAGUCGCUGCAGCAGGAGCUUAAUAGCGAGAAUGAAGUUGCAAUGAAGCGACUGGGCGAGACGUUGGGCGUGUCCAGUAACGCCAACUUUAACUACAACUCACAGCGCCAGAUAUUGCAGGCACUACAGAACCUUAAUGUGAUGGACAAGUCGCGUCGUAUGUUGAUACAGGACACCUCUGAGCGAACUCUUGCACGCAACACCUACCAUCCCGCAAUAGAGGCAUUACGGGAAUAUCGCAAGGCCAACAAGGCUGUCACGGCGUUCACCGAGAAGAUUCCGAACCACAUCGACGCCACCACUGGCAGGAUAUACCCGAACAUCAACCAGAUAGGCGCGGAAAGUGGCCGUUUCAGUUGCGAUAACCCCAACCUGCAGCAGAUUCCGCGUGACCACAGAUUCCGCGAAUGCUUCGUUGCCGACCCCGGUCACAAGUUCGUCAUUGCGGACUUCUCGCAAAUCGAGUUGCGUAUUGCGGCUGAUAUUGCCGAGGACAAAAAGAUGAUAGAGGCGUACAACAGUGGGCAGGAUCUGCACGCACUAACUGCAAGUCUGGUUAAGGGCAAACCCAUAGCCGAGGUGACCAAGGACGAGCGCCAGCUGGCGAAGGCUGUGAACUUCGGUUUGAUCUUCGGGAUGUCGCUGGCCGGCUUCCGCAACUACGCUGAAGUUGGUUACGGCGUGCGCCUGGGCAUGAACGAGGCUCGUGAAAUCUACGAUUCGUUCUUCCGCAACUACAGCGGCAUUGCCAAUUGGCACGAGCGCAUGAAGAACACCAAGCCGAUGUCAGUGCGUACUCUGAGCAAUCGUUUGUCCAUAUUUGACCAGUUCUCUUUCACUCGCUCGCUGAACUACCCCGUCCAGGGCACAUCGGCUGACAUCACAAAGGAGGCCAUGGCGCUACUGGUCGACCGCGUCGAAGCGUUUGGCGGCCGUAUGGUGCUCUGUAUACACGAUGAGAUCAUACUGGAGGUGCCGGACGAGCACACCGACGAGGCGUUGCGCGUGCUAGUCGAUACUAUGGAGGCGGCUGGUAACAAGUUCCUGCGCUACGUGCCCUGCGAAGCCGUGGGCUCUGUGGGCAGCAGUUGGGCGGACAAGUGA